AUGCAAAGCGUACCGACUGACACAGCACACUUUUCAAUAUCUAUUAUAUUACCGCUUCUCUGUAUUAUUGGAGUAUUAGGAAACUUUCUCAUAUGCAUGGCAAUUUGGCUUGACCGUAGGCUUCACAACGUUACAAACUAUUUUCUCUUUUCUCUAGCGCUCGCUGAUUUACUUGUUUGUAUUGUUGUCAUGCCCAUCAGCUUUACAGUGGAAUUCCAUCGAGGAAAAUGGUUAUCCAGUUUCGAAUUAUGCUUAAUAUAUGUGUACUCUGACGUCUUUUUAUGUACAGCAAGUAUUGUUCACAUGUCCGUUAUAUCUGUAGACCGUUAUCUUGGUAUUUCCAAGCCACUUGAGAUGCGGAAUCGUUCUAAAACGAUGAUCACCCUAAAGAUUACAUUUGUCUGGAUGGUUACUGUGCUCAUCUCAUGUCCAAUUGCAAUUGCUGCCAUAAUUGAUCCCACCAAUAUUCUUAAUCAAUCACACUGUGUGAUAACCAAUCGAUACUAUAUGAUUUACGGGUCAACUCUUGCAUUCCUUGUUCCUUUUGUUAUUAUGGCUGUCACUUAUUUUAAAACAACAAAUCUGCUUAAAAAACAAGCAUCAAUGUUAUCACAAACUGCCAUUCAAAGAGCUAGAGGAGAAGGCCUGAGAAGAACAAUACCAAGAAAAUCAGCGGUAUCAAGAGUGUUAGCUGUUGUAUUUGGAUGCUUUUUCGUUUGUUGGACACCAUUUUUUGCUGCAAAUUUAGCAAACGGUUUCUUCGGCGACAAAUGCGAUAUACCACCCGCAUUAUCAUCAGUAUUCUUAUGGCUUGGAUACGUUUCAAGUAUUAUCAAUCCAUUAAUAUAUACCAUAUUCAACAGGUGA